GAGUGGUUUGCAAUGUCCAGCUUGUGAUCAACGGCAGUUUUUCUUCAAUGCCAAGCCAAACAAGAAUCGUGGGGGCGGUCGCGUGGAACGAAUGAGAGAGAAGCAGAACGGGACAUGCAAACCGUGUGCCCCGAUGUCCACGUCAUCCGUUCCCGCCGUCCCAGCCACUUGCUACACGUGGCACGACAUGAUGAUAAUGAUGACGACGGUGAUGAACACGAUGAUGGUGACGAUUACGAUGGUGAUGUUGAUCUGGGCGACGAUGUCGCUGACGAUGAUGACGAUGUUGAUGACGAUGAUGAUGUCGAUGAUGAUGUCGAUGAUCAUGUUCGUGAUGAUGAUGAUUGCGAUGACGACGAUGAUGAUGAUGACGAUGAUGACGRCGAUGAUGACGAUGUUGAUGAUGGCGAUGACAACGAAGAGGACGAUGGUGGUGAUUUUGAUGAUGGCGACGAUGUCGCUGAUGAUGAUGAUGUUGUUGUCGACGUUGAUGAUGUUGAUGAUGAUGUCGAUGAUGAUGACGAUGUUGAUGACGUUGACGAGGUUGAUGAUGAUGUUGUUGAUGACGAUGAUGAUGUUGAUGAAGAUGAUGAUGAUCACGAUGACAAUGAUGGUGAUGAUGAUGAUGCUGAUGAAGAUGAUGACGCUGAUGGUGGUGGCGACGAUGAUGGUGAAGAUGGGGGCGAUGAUGAUGAUGAUGAUGGCAAGCAAGAAUCACGGGCCCGCUCGCGAGGAAAGGACGAGCGGGAAUCAGAAGGGGACACAAAAACCAUGUGGCCCAAUGUCACCGACAUCCUUUCCCUCCGUCCCCGCAACUUGAAACAGGCGGCGCAACGCAGCCACUCCCAUGGGCCGGCGAACAUGCCUGACACGUGGGCAGGCAGAACAACACUUUACCUUGAAGAGGGCACAGCGCACACGAUGGCGCUGCUCUUUGACGGCUCACAGUUCUUCGAGGAGGCACAGUUCUUCGAUGACGGCGAAGUGCACACGAUGGCGCAACUGUUCGACAAGGGCUCAGCGCAAACGGCGGUGGCCACUUGCUGACGCAGGACGCAGAGAUGAGAUGUCGAAGCGGAGACAACCGAACCACAGACGA